UGCUGAGCACCCUUCAUAUCAGCAGCUAUUUUAAUCUUCACGUUUGCUUUUAAAUGAGAAGCUCCAUGAUUGGUGGUGUUACUACAGAUUGUGUGGCUUCUCUAUUAACAACCUGUUUUCUCUGAUACGUUCAUGUAGCAAUGCAGAACCACAGCUACAAGUUCAGCUUCUUGGUCGGCUGGUGUUGCCUACUGUCCAUCUCCCUUGUGAUCAUGGUCGCAGUGAUUACUAAAGGGAACAAUCAGAGGACGGAAAAAAUAAAAGCAGACGCUCAUGAAGGUGAACCACAUCCUACAAAACCUUCAGGUCCUGACCAGAGUUCAGUAAAUUACAUCCAUCUUGUGUGGGGAAAUGAAACAUCACCAUGGAGACACAGCUCUUUAUGCUUCUGCCCUAACACCACCCUCCUCCUGCAAAACGACUUGGUCGAAAUUACAACCGGAGGAUUUUACCAAACCUAUGCCCAGGUCACUUUCAUAGACAAGGAAAAAGAGGAGGGCACAGUGACUUUGGUUGCAAAUGAGAACGUCCCUGGUAAAGCAGCCCGGAAACUGAGCGAGGCCGAGCAUCGAGGCGGUACCGUGUCUAUGUCGGCGGUGAUCCGUCUGAAAAAUGGUGACCGUGUGAAACUUCACAUCAAACCACCUUCUUUGAUACUAAGGGAUCCUUCAAAAACAUACUGGGGUCUCUAUAUGCUUGAUAAGCAAAAGGACAAAUAAAUACAAGACAAGUUCCUAAUUACUUUACAGAAGUUAUAAUGCUGAAACAGACAGAGCUGAUAUUUGUCUUUAGCAGCACUCUAGUUGAAUUCUCUAGAAAGGCUUGAGUAAACACUUUAUAUCAUGUGGCUUCUGUGAUUCAUGCUAUCAUGGUCAGAGUUAUAAUGAGAGGUCAACAAGAGGAAACUCUCACUGAACUCAUCUACAGUAUACGUUGCUAAAACCAGAGGUCACAUUGGCUCUAGGAAUGUACUCAAUAAUGAAAAAUUGCAGAGAGAGAAGAUUGUGAAUCUCUCUGUAGUCUCCAUUGUCUAUCUGACAUCAACUCAUGUAUAUGUAAUACACAAUGUGCAGGUCAUUUAAUUAUCUUAAUUUACUUACUUAAUUACUGUAUCAUUGAGGCACAUCUCCUCUGUAUUGUCCUAUGG